UUUAUUAUACACUGCUUAACUUCUUUUUACACUUGCACGGCAGCUAAGAAUGCUACCUGAACAUUUGUCUGCAGUCAAUAAAAGUUGGGUUCUAGCUUGGAUAGGAUUAUUUCCGUUUCCAAUGCAGCCUGUGGGGAAAAAAUGGCUUCCAAAUUGGAAGGUCAACAAGCGUUCCACAGUCCCAAACACAAAAUGUGAUUCUCUCAAUUCCAAUUUCUGUCUUGGAUUGCCUGAUGCCCCCUUCACCCCCCACCCCGUUCCAUUUUUUUUUGGUAAGAUGUAAUAAGAUCUCCAUUAUCACUCCCAGCCUUCCGAUAUGUCCUCCUCCUCAUCACCACAGUGCGAGGCACUCCCCACAGUGACCCCCCACAAAUAGCUCUGACUCAACACCUCUCAUUACUUUAGAGGGAAAGGAAGAUUUAUGUCGACUUUGUGACUUUACUGUAGCACAUCCCUGUCAGGUGACACGCCUCCUUCUCUCUCUCACACGCGCACACACACACACACACACACACACACACACACAUGCACAUGCACAUUGGUCUGCCCUCUUUCUCUCUCUUGUGACAUAGACAUAUGCAGCAAAGGGCGACGAUGGGAGCAGCCGACCUGCUGCUCGCUGCAUCAUUUUGAGCUCCAUUAAACUCAUCUUUGGCCUCAUUGUAACCUCACCGGAGCGUUAAUCCCAGCCAAAUUGUUGUGGUUCUACCACCGGCACCGGAGGAAGCGGCGGGCUCGGAGAGAGGCGAGAUCCGGCGUGCCCUUCCUCUGCGCCCCGAAUGCUGCAUGAGCGCACAAGCGCACGCUGACUUGUUUUGAUGCGCACUACGACGCACAAGAAGAAAUGCGCGUGAUCGAGAUCGUGAGUACAGGUUUUUGGAUUUGGACAUAAUAUCACACCCGGUGGCGGGAUUACUUAGAAAUAGAGUGGUUGUUCCAGACCAACAACUGGCUUUUACUCCCAAUUCGGUGCGCGUGUGCACGGUUUUUUAAAAGCCGGAACCAACCACAUAUGGACUGUGCGCAGAGUGGAAGAGAACGGCUCCUUUUCUACGCGGCGUCCUUAGAGGGGCUGGACCGGACCGAACCGUGCACUGACAGGAAUAUGGAGCCGGUAUUUGUCUUACCCACUAUCACCUGUGACACUCUCAGCAGUGCGCACUCAUUCUGAACCCACAUAGGUCAUGCUGAGACAAGUCCUCCUCAACUCCACCCAUACGCCCCACCUGGACCUGGUGCUUAUGGCCCAGUCCUCUACGAGCGCUCCCUCCUCCGUCAAUGUCUCCCACGGCAGCUUGGUGAGUGUGGCUGCGCUGCUGAGGCCCACCGCAGGCCGAGGCGGCGCAGGAGGAGGAGGCGGUGGGCUCAGAGAUGGCGAACUCCACAAACCAGACCUCCUCACCUACAUUGUCAUGUGCCUCCUGCUGUUCCUGCUGGUGCUGCUCAUUGUGUUCUUCAUUAACUGCCAGCUGAGGAACUCUUUCUUCGCGUCCAUGCCAUACGACAGGUCACUGAGAGAGGCCCGGACAUCCUACAAGAAUCCCAAAUAUGAAAACACACAUGCUGGUCAGGAUUACAUCAACAAAUGCAAACAGACUAUGGAAUGCAAUGAUAAAAAUAGUGUUCUAUGCUGCAUUCAAGACUCCUGAGAAGUUGGAAGUGUCCUACAAAAAGCAUGGAUGGUGACCUUGAUACGCAAGUUUUGCUUUAGUUUUGUCUGUCUAUUCAUAAACAAUAUUUCUUUCGCAAGCCAUGGCCAGUAUUUUUAGCUUCUUAACUUAGAUGGGCCCUAUGGGCCCUGACGUUCACACUGAUGUACAGUAUAUGUUUGGUUUGUGUUUUGAAGGUUUAAUUUUUACGCCACUUACAAAUCUCGUGAACAGUCAGGUACGAGAACUCCACGACAUUCCCAGAAGAUUGUGUCUUGAUUUUAUCACGUCAGACUUUCCAUGCAUGGCAACGUGCCAGGUGUCCAGAAACAAUCGGUGACCGCUGUUCAGUACCGUUGUCAGAAAGUCUGUUUUCAGUUAUAAGAAUUGUGUAUCUUAACCGGAGUAAAGCAGCAAUAUUUGUUUCCAGGGAGCCAAAGACCUAGCUCACGGUCACUGCUCCGCUGCUCUCAUCACUUCACAGACAGCAGUUUUGUGAACAAAGCACAGUUGGUCAUCAGAUUCUCCAGUAUUCUGCGAAUUACAUCCAAUAUUCACUUCUUUAGUUUUCUGGUAACCCUUAGCAUGUAAACCAGACAGGGGCUGAUGGGGGCGUGUCUCUGCAGCUCGGGGAGGAGGCUGCGGAAUCUGAGCAUGUCGGCCAAGAGGAGAAGAAUGCAGCUUUACCCUGUACACAACUUGAGAUUUAUGGAAUAUUUGAUUAAAAUAAACUUACACUAAUGUCCCACGGGGAUCCAACAUCAUUUUAAAAGCUCCUGAAAUGAUCAGAAUGGGGCCCUUUAAUCUACAUCUCAAUGUCCAGGUAGACCCUGCUGGGUUCAAUGCCAAUAACUAACCAAUUAACACGUGUAAAUAUCGUUCAUAUAGGGUUUUUUUCCCCAAUGCCAUUGCUGUGUGAUUUUGCUACAUCUUGCUGAAGUUGGGGUACAUUUUUUUGCACCAAGUAAGAACUUUUGUCAACCUUUUCCCACUUGGCAGUUGUCUUGAAGGCAGCAUUGAUCAUGGGUUUUGCCUUGAAACCUUUGCCAUGGCAGCUCAUAUUUCCAGUAUAAAGGAUGUUAUACUUAAUGUUUGUCUUGUGCAAAGAUACAACCAAAACACAUUCCCCAUCACUGUAUAAUAAAAUGGUGAUUACAUGGCAGUCUGCAAGCUUUAUCCAUGACAUAAAGAUAUUGAAAAACUUUCUAAGGUGAAGUAUUUGUGUCAUCUGAUGAAUAAAUGCUGAUGUUUCUGUUGCCGAGGUCAUUGCUGUGAUUUAAUACACUCUCAAGGGGCAUCUUUACAAAGGCCAUCUGGCUGCCAUAGCAUAUUUCACCUUUAAUUA